CUCAGGACCUGGUUGCUGUUGUUCAUGUUUUAUAUGAAUAAAACUGCAUUAGUUGAUUCUGUGAACUCUCUCUCUCUCUGAUGGAGUGGAAUGUCAAAACCCCCGUACAGUGGGACUGGGACAAUCUGAUUAUGUUUAAUGCAACAACUACUGAAAUUCCUAGGAAGCCACGGUCAACAGAGUGGGAAAUUGACAGAGGAAUGGACUCCGGGUCUCUCAUCUCAUUUGGGGCUGGAGGUGGUGGUGGUUCUGGCUCUGAUUUGGGACUUGCUUCUUUGUCAAAGAGUGCGAAAUCAGCAUCCAUUAAUUCUUCAUCUUUGGGGGAGUUAAAGGGAAACAAAUUUACGUUGGAGGGCUUCAAAGGUAUUCCAAAUGAUUUUAGCUGUAAGAAAGAUUUUGCCAAGGUUGAGCAACCUGGCAAGGCACCUGUUGAGACUUCAGUUGGCUGUGGUGAGCCAUUGCUUGGUUUGAAGCUUGGUAAAAGAACAUACUUUGAAGAUGCUUCUGCAGGAAACAAUGCAAAGAGUUCAUCUUCUUCUGUGGUUCCUGCAUCCUCUGUUGUUCCAGCAAAGAGAUCCAAAGCGAGUUGUCAGAAUACAAAUGCUCCACAUUGCCAAGUUGAAGGCUGUAACCUAGAUCUAUCAUCAGCCAAGGAUUACCAUCGGAAACACAGAGUGUGUGAAAAUCAUUCAAAGAGCCCAAAGGUCAUUGUUGGUGGUUUAGAACGUCGGUUUUGCCAGCAGUGUAGCAGGUUCCAUGACCUGUCAGAGUUUGAUGAGAAGAAGCGAAGCUGUCGCAGGCGUCUUUCUGAUCAUAAUGCAAGGCGCCGCAAGCCACAGACAGAAGCAGUAACCUUCAAUCCAGCAAGGCUGUCUGGAUCACCAUAUACUGAUGGGAAGCACGAGAUAAGUUUUGUUUGUAAUAGGGUUCCAUUUAUUCACCCAAGGCCCAAUGAAAAUUUUGUGUGGGAAGGCUCAUUCAGCUCCAAGUCUGCGCAAAUGAAAGGUCAUACACAUCCAAAAGUCGAAAGCAUUAACGGAGAGCUGCAACUACCAGGCAACGAGGCUUGGAAUCCCAUCUCAAAGUGUAAUCAUGAUUCAUCUGGGUUUGAACUCCCAAAAGCUAAACGCGGUGCAACUGAGGUUCUCAACCAAGAUGUUGAAGAAUCAACAAUCUCAAAUAUGGGCAUGGCACAAGAUCUCCAGCGUGCUCUCUCUCUUCUGUCAACUGAUUCAUGGGGUUCAUGUGAGCCAAAACAGGGCUCACUCGACUACUCCAUUCAUACAAACAACACUGACAUCUCUCAGCCUGUGAUGCAUACAAAUUCCCAAGGGUUUCCUCUUGCUUUGUCUGAGAACUGGCAGAUUGAGCACCAGUCAACCGCGUCACAAGUGCAAACAACGUUGCAUGGUGACAGUGACUAUCAUUUUCAAGAAUUCCAGCUGCUGAGGGCGCCAUAUGAGAGUGGCUUUUAUUCAAGCAGAAUAAACUGACCCCCAAAUUUGGUCAUUUGUUUUAACCCGAUAAAUUCUCAUAUUGAGAUUUUAAGUUUGACUUCUUUUCCAGUUCCCUAGUUCUUUCUCUCCUCUCUAUUUCAUUGUUUUCCUUGAAUCUGCAAUUCUCUGAUCCAUUGCUUUAAUUUUCUUAUGCUAGCAGACCAUGGUGUCUUGAAUUGCUCUGGUAGGUCAUCAUAUUUCGUAUUUCUUUUUUUUCUUUUUUUUUUUUUAAGGACAAUGAGUAGGAGUUAGGGGUUAAGGGUUAGAAGUUAGUACCUUGGUUUUUGGCAAUAUGCUCGACUACAGGUCGGGGUGCAAUUUACCGGUAACUUUUUUGGGCUGCAGGGGCAUCACUGAGCCAUGUAUUUCGAUACCAUGUCCAGCAUUUGUCCAUUAUUACACCCAUUAGGGUCAUCUAGCAAAGAACCGGCAAUCGUAGCGAUGUAGUCUUAGCCGCCUUCAAUUAAACUUUUCCGACUGUUGGGGAAGUUAUUAUUAGAAAAAUAAUUGAAAAAGUAUUAU